AUGUUUACCUUUACUCCGCUCUUGGGCGCACAGUCGUCCUCUUCCAGAGCCUCACAGUCGAUUUUGGAGUUUGACGGGGGAAUCAAGAUCUUAGUAGAUGUUGGUUGGGAUGACACCUUUGACACCCGCGAUUUGGCGGAGCUCGAAAAACAUAUUCCCACCCUCUCGCUGAUUCUCCUGACCCAUGCGACCCCGUCACACAUCGGCGCUUUCGUACACUGCUGCCAAACAUUCCCUCUUUUCACCAAAAUCCCUAUCUACGCGACAAGCCCGGUCAUCGCUCUCGGUCGCACUAGUCUACAAGAUCUCUACGCAUCCGCGCCUCUCGCUCCUACCUUCCUCCCCAAAGCAUCGGUCUCUGAACCCGGUGCCUCCUCGGCAGCGUCUGCGGUAGCCGAGCGUGAGAAUGCUGAAGCUGCAGGCAGCACAGGACGAAUCCUUCUCCCGCCGCCGACUGCCGAAGAGAUCGCCCGCUACUUCUCCCUCAUUACACCUCUCAAAUACUCGCAACCACAUCAACCUCUUCCUUCUCCCUUCUCGCCGCCCCUGGAUGGCCUUACCCUUACUGCCUAUAAUGCCGGACAUACUGUUGGUGGAACAAUAUGGCACAUCCAACAUGGAAUGGAGUCGAUCGUAUAUGCAAUGGACUGGAACCAGGCGCGCGAAGGUGUCGUGGCCGGUGCGGCGUGGUUUGGUGGUUCUGGCGCGAGUGGGACGGAAGUCAUUGAGCAAUUGCGCAAACCAACAGCCUUGAUUUGCAGUACCCAGGGUGGUGAUAAGUUCGCUCUGUCUGGUGGUAGGAAAAAGAGAGAUGAUCGCCUUCUCGACAUGAUUCGGAGUAGUCUUGCAAAGGGCGGCACUGUUCUUAUUCCGACGGACACUAGUGCUCGAGUGCUCGAGCUUGCAUACGCGCUGGAGCACUCUUGGCGUGACGCAGCAGCGGGUGAAAAGGAUGACGUAUUGCAAGGUGCCGGUCUGUAUUUGGCAGGCCGGAAAGUCAAUACCACGAUGCGCUUAGCUCGAAGCAUGCUCGAGUGGAUGGAUGAGAGUAUUAUCCGCGAGUUUGAAGCUGCGGAAGGCGCAGACGGAGCGACUGGUCAGCGGCCUAGUGGUCAGGGACAGGAGAAAAGUGCCAAAGGAGUUGGGCCGUUUAAUUUCAAGUACCUUAAGACCGUGGAGCGCAAGAAGAGUCUUGAAAAACUCCUGUCAGAAAAGGGUCCUAAGGUUAUCCUUGCAUCUGACACCUCAUUAGCCUGGGGCUUCUCAAAGGAGUCUCUCCGUCGAGUCGCGGAAGACCCCAACAAUCUGCUGCUAUUGACAGAGUCAUACCGCAAAAUGGCGUAUGAAGACACGCUGGGGUCACCAUGUACUAUUUCCCUGGGCAGUAUUAUUUGGCAGUGGUACGAGGAACGGCGCGACGGUGUGGCGCUCGAAAAGAGUUCCGAUGGCGAGUUGCUCGAACAAGUUCAUAGUGGUGGGCGGGAGCUGGCGUGGACCGAGGUGCAACGAGUACCUCUAGAUGCUAGCGACCAAUUGCUUUACCAGCAAUAUCUUGCCACUAAACGGCAGCUGCAGGAUACAUCUCAAGUCCGAGGCGGCCAGGAAACUCUCGAAAAUGCAGCGGAUGCUUUAGAUGAUGGAUCUAGCUCCACCUCUUCAGAAGACUCAGACUCAGAACAACAAGGUCGUGUCCUCAAUUUCUCGACCUCCCUCGCCCACUCGAAUCGAAACAAGCUGGCUGUCAGUGACGAAGACCUGGGUAUCAACAUUCUUUUACGGCGGAAACAUGUCUACGACUACGACGUGCGUGGUAAAAAGGGGCGGGAGCGGAUGUUCCCGUAUGUGGCGCCGAGAAAGAAGGGUGACGAGUAUGGAGAGUUUAUUCGCCCCGAGGAGUAUCUCCGUGCGGAGGAACGCGAAGAGAUCGACAUGCAGCAACGGCGAUCAGACGCAGAAACAAAGCUUGGCCAGAAGCGACGGUGGGACGAGGCCACAGGGACUGGACGAAGACUAUCCGGUAGUUUAGCAGGCCGCAAGCGCCAGCAUUUGUCCAAGGAUGCAGGUGCAGGCGAUGAUUUCAGUCUUGUAUCUGAUGGCGACGUCGGCGAUGAUGCGGCGUCUUCCGAAGAUGAGGCAGAUGCCCAGCCUUUCGAAGGCCCUUCCAAGGCUGUGUAUACCAAAGAGACAGUAACCAUUAAUGCCAGGAUAGCCUUUGUCGAUUGCAUGGGCUUGCACGAUAAGCGCAGCUUGGAGAUGCUGAUCCCUCUCAUUCAGCCACAGAAACUGAUUCUGGUGGGUGGAAUCAAGGAACAGACCGCAGCAUUGGCAGCUGAAUGCAAGAAACUUCUGGCCGCCAAGUCUGGCGUUGAUGUCUCUGCUUCUGCAGCUGACGCGAUCGCGAUAAUUUUCACACCUGCCAAUGGUGAAGUCAUUGACGCAAGUGUUGACACGAAUGCCUGGAUGGUCAAGCUGAGCAAUAACCUCGUCCGCCGCUUGAACUGGCAACACGUUCGCAGUCUUGGCGUCGUUGCUUUGACUGCCCAGCUGCGAGGACCUGAACUUCCCAUGGAGGGAGGUGAUACCGACGAGGCAGCUAAUAAGAAAAUGAAGCUGGUCGAAGAUGGAGCAUCUUCUUCAGCCCUUCCGACCACGGAUAUUGUCGCAAGAAUUGCUGACAAGUCGGACGCUUUCCCGCUCCUUGAUACCCUACCUGUCAGCAUGGCCGCAGGCACUAGAUCUGUGGCUCGGCCAUUACACGUCGGUGAUUUACGUCUCGCGGAUCUGCGCAAACUCAUGCAAGCUGCCGGUCACACCGCCGAAUUCCGAGGUGAGGGAACUCUUCUUAUUGACAAAUCCGUGGCUGUCCGUAAAUCGGGCACUGGCAGGAUCGAGAUCGAGGCUUCCGCACUGUCCGCUGCAAAUCAGGCCGCUAUGGGUCGAGGCGAGGGGAGCUUCCUCGCAGUCAAAAGGAAGAUCUAUGAAGGCCUUGCAGUUGUGGCAGGAAAUUAA